UUAUUCAGCAUUAUUAUUUUUUCUUAUUAGGGUUACACUCUUUUCUACAUCCGCAGUUGGUGUUGAACACGUCUCUCCUUGUUUCCGUUUCUGUGUUUGGGGAUUUCUUGUAGAAUCGCUUUUUCGGUGCGAGGGAUGCAUCUGCUUUCCCCCACAGCAGUUCUUUAAGGGGAUCAAGAAAAAGUUCAAUAGUUGCGGCCUGUGGAGCUAUUAAUGCCUUAAUCCAUCCAUUGCAUUGUGCCGAGUUCAAGCAUAUUCGGAUUACCAGGCCUUGCUUUUGUGGUUCUUUGUUUAGGUUGGUAGGAUGAGGCCAAAGAGUGACACAAGUAAAAAGUACUUUGUUCUAAACACGGGCGCGAAGAUUCCGGCUAUAGGGCUCGGAACAUGGCAGAGUGGAGGAGACAUCUGUAUCGAAGCCAUCGCCACGGCUUUAGACGUCGGAUAUCGCCACAUAGAUUGUGCGCAUCUGUAUGGAAAUGAGGUCGAAGUCGGGAAGGCGUUGGCGGCAGCUUUCGAUAACGGAGUCAAGAGGGAGGAGGUGUUCUUGACCUCUAAGUUGUACUGCGCCACGAAUUCGCACAAGAGGGUCGAGAAUUCUGUCAGAGUCUCUUUGAAGAGCCUCGGCGUUUCGUAUUUGGAUCUUUAUCUUGUGCACUGGCCCGAGAGUUCGGCCGUCGAAGAUGCCACCGACCCGCCAUGGAAAUCGGGAAGCGCAUACAAGCAAUUCUUGCAGAGGUUGAAGCCGACUUGGAAGGCUAUGGAGGGUCUUCUUGAGAUUGGUCUUGUUCGCGCUAUCGGUGUCAGCAAUUUCAAUGUUCAGCAGAUUUCUGAGUUGCUUCGGUUCGCCAAGAUAGUUCCAGCAGUCAACCAGGUGGAGUUGCAUCCCUUUUGGAGGCAAGAUGAGCUUGUGAAGUUCUGCCAAGAGAAAGGUAUCCAUGUCUCCGCGCAUACUCCGUUAGGAGUGCCCGCAACUUCGAAUAUGCUGACAAGUGGUGCUGGCCUUUCUGACAGUGGGUCAGAAGACGAGCUCGGGACCCCUAGAAUAUCGUUUAGAAGGUCGAGAUCGGUGCAUGGCCCGAUGUUGAAGCUUUCUGCUGUUGCAGAAAUUGCAGAUCGCCAUAAUAAGACACCUGAACAGGUUAUUCUGAGAUGGGGACUGCAGCGAGGAACGAGCGUCCUACCGUGUAGCCUAAACCCUGAGAGGAUAAAGAAGAACAUAAAUAUCUUUGAUUGGUCUCUAUCUGAUGACGAAUGGAAUAGGAUGAAUCAAAUUGAACCGCAAGUACGCCUUUUUGGCAAUGGUCCUGUGAACAUAUGUGAAUCUGGGUCUUUUUCUGGAGGUGGCCCUCUCCAAGCUGUGCACGAGAUCGAAGAUGACGUCGAAUGCUAUGCUUGAUACGUAAGCAGCAGCAUAUCUUGUUGAAUUAUUCUGAGACUAGUAUGAAUACUUGGAUGUUCAUUUGUUAUUUAGUAAUAUCACCCUUUAUAGGAAUCUUACAGUCAUGUAAAGAGAUCAUAUGCAUUUGGCGUUUCAAAUCGACAAUUGUUAAUGAGGAGUUCUCAUUAUAAAGCAAAUUUUUGCAGCAAAA